AUGGUUUCCGACACUCCACCCUUCCCGUCACCUGUCAAGCGCUGGCAUAACACGGCUCAACCCGCUGGCAAUCCUAGCCUCGCAGCUCUCUCUCAGAAAGGCAAAUCGAUCAUGGUGACGGGUGGAGGCAACACUGGCAUUGGAGGAGAGACAGCACGCUUCUUCGCUCGCGCAGGUGCCGCGCGCAUCGGUCUGCUUGGACGUCGUGAAGGCCCUCUACUCGAGAACAAAGCUUAUAUUGAGAAGGAAUCUCCUGGUACGAUCGUUUUCAUCCAGAGCACCGACGUCACCAAUGAGGCUUCAGUCAAUGCUGCAUUUGACAACUUCGCCAAGGAUGGCGAGAUCAACACAGUCAUUCACGCUGCUGCAGCUGUUGGGCCGAAGGAUAAUAUCGCGGAUGUCGACGGCCACGAGUUUCUCAGAGCUGUUACCGACAACCUCGAGGGUUCUUUGUGGGUUGCAAAGGCCUUUAUUCGUACAGCUGCCCCAGGUGCUCAUGUCAUCGCCAUCAACUCUUGGGGUGCUCAUUUGAGUCUCAACGAUGCAUUCGCCUCCUAUUGCGUUGCCAAGAUGGCUGUUUAUCGCUUGUGGGAUACCGUGCUUCUGGCGAAGCCAAAGCUCAGUGUCUUCCAUACCCAGCCCGGCGUUGUUCUCACUGAGAUGAACCUCAAAGUCGGCGGUGCGGACAGCUUCAAAGAUGUGAAGACUGAUGAUGUCACUCUCCCGGCAAGCUUCAAUCUCUGGCUUGCAACUCCAGAGGCCCGAUUCCUCAAGGGCAAGUUCUUGUGGUGCAACUGGGACAUCGACGAGCUCAAGUCUCGUGCUAAAGAGAUUGAGUCUAGCAGGCUACUCAACAUCGACCUUGUCGGCUGGCCAUUCGAUACUUGCACUGAUUAG